AUGCUUUUCACCAAUAAUAAGCAGUCCCAGAGCACAACCCUGCCCCUCACCCCACUUCUGAAGGCAUGGGAAAAUAUGGAGAUUCAGAUACAAGGGGGUGAUGGCAAAUCUACAAACAGUCACCUCAUCGAGUGUACGACACAGACAGAGUCCAGGCGACAAAUAGCAAAAGCAAAACAAAUGCCCGGUCCCAUUCUCCGCGUGGCCAUCACGCAAGCUGAGCCCGUAUAUCUCGACCUCGAUGCCACGGUUGAGAAGACGGUGAAGAUUAUCGAAGAAGCAGCCCAGGGCGGCGCGAAGCUCAUUGCCUUCCCGGAAUGCUGGAUCCCGGGGUAUCCGGGGUGGAUAUGGUGA